CUGAAACAGCAGCGAGCAGCGCCGGGUGCCAAAAUGAGCCUUUACUGGCAGAGCUGGAGGAUCUUACAGAUAGUGUUGGCAACAAUUACAGCAGUUCUUACACAAGAUUUGAGCAGUAAAGAGCUGACCGACAGGAAGAGCCCAGUGCCUUUCCCUGUCUACUUGCCAGUCAACUACGACGUGCAAGACGCUGACUACCUCUUCCUGAAGGAGGCCGGCCAGGACUUCAUGAGGAACUCCAGCAUGCAGAGUCACACGCAGCCCUUUGUUAUUUUAAGAGCCAGCCGCCAGCCAGCUGUCAAAGCGAGCUAUGGCACCAUGUCCACCGAGCAACUUGUGCCUCUGGAUCUGGUUCAGUCUGUGCAGCUCUUCGACGCUCCAGAGGUCUUCACCUUUAACUGGAGAAUCCAGGCCUUUGCACUGACGCCCCGGGUUUUCUCCUCUAAGCCCAAAGUGCGGGUGCUCUUCUAUGUCGCAGGGAGGGAUUGGGGCAGGGGGGAGGGAGCUGAGGAUGAGUUACCGUGUGUGACAGUGUACGCUUUCUGGCAGACCCAGGAGGUCAGGGCCUCUUGUGCCCUUGGGGGCGAGAGGGGAACCUGCAUCGCCGAGCUGGCUCCUUCUCUUGGCUGGUUUGCUCCGGGGUCAGAGGGCACCAGCAGGGAGAGGCAGGACCCCUCCACUGGGAACCCUGUGGAGUUGUACUACCAGGCUCAGCCUAAAGUCAGAGGGAAAUGUUAUUCUGUGGAUGGAAGUCGCUCACAGCAGCAGGCCGAGUAUGUUCCUGUCACUCCCAUGCAGAGGAUUGGCAGUGUACGACUUCUGCAGGUGCCUAAAGGGAUGGCCACACUCUCUCGCCUCAAGCUUGGCAACGUCAUUGUCAUACGGACGUCCUCCAAACCCCUGAAGACGACCGAUAUCGCCACGUUCUACAUACUCAUGGCCAGCUCUGCUCAGCUGACUAACUUCACACUCAGAGCGACAGUUGAGAAAGGUGUGACCUUUCGAACAGCAACACCCAGUAACACUUUACUGUGGGACAUCACUCUGGAUAUGGGUGCAGAUGGAACCAUCGCUGUCAUUUGUCAGAGGAAGGCUCCCAUACCUGGAAAAAGGCUUGAUAGCAGCCUGCUGGAGGUGCUUCAGAUGGAUUUUGAGGUUGAGGAGCUGAGCAGUCCUCUCGACAGUCAGGUGAUUGUAUGGAAACUGGAGCUGCCUUCCCUGACCCAAAACCUAACCAAGACCGAAGGAGCCAUGAGAAUCUAUACCACUCAGAGAGACUUUGUCGGCUUGGCUCCUCUCGUGAUGGACACAGAGCUCCUGAACACAGCUGUGUUGACUGGAAAGAAGGUGGCGAUGCCUGUGAGGAUAGUAGCUGUGGAGGAGGAUGGAGUCAUCACUGAUGUGUCGGACUACACAGACUGCAGCUCCAGUGAUGAAGAUGUUCUCAAGGUGUCGGACAAGUGCGACUAUGUUUUCCUGAAUGGCAAAGAGACAAAGGGCAAAGUGAAGAUGAUGGUGAACUUUACCUACAGCUACCUGAGUGCUCAGCUGGAAAUGAACGUGUGGAUGCCCCAACUCCCCCUCCAGAUUGAGGUGUCGGACACAGAGUUGAGCCAGAUCAAAAGCUGGAGGGUACCAAUACUAACCUCUAAAAGACCUGGCUGGAACAGUGAAGAAGAAGACAGGAAGGGGAAGGGCUGCAUGCUGCAGUAUCAGCACGCACUGGUGCGGGUGCUAACUCAUUUCGUGGCAGAGCAGGCGGACCCUCGGGAUCCUAAGGCCUAUUUCCUGGGCUCUGAUUGGCAGGUGGAUGUCACAAGGCUGGUUCGAUACUUCAUGAAGGUGGAAGACCCUCGAGUGGCAAAGCUGCAGGCUGGAAGAGUGCUGUCGGGACGGGAUCUUGGGACCACCACCAUCCAGGUGUUUUCUCCAAUGUCUGACACAAUUUUGGCGAAGACAACUAUCAAGGUUGUGGAUGACAAAGUGACCAUUACAGAGUUGGGGGUCCAGCUGGUUACAGGCCUCUCCAUGACUUUACAGCUCAGUACAGGAAGCAACAGGGCCAUCCUAGCUACCACAACAACACAGGAAGUUCUACAGAGCCCCAAACAGGAAGCGUUGGUCAGCGCCUGGGUGCAGUUCAGUGAUGGUAGCCAGACACCUCUUGAUAUUUAUGAUCCUGCAUACUACAGAGUGACGGUGACAUCCCUGAAUCACGGCGUGGUGUCUGUGCAGGGCACACCUCCGACUGUGGUGGCAGAGGGAGAGGGCGAGGGAGUUCUGGUCAGACUAGAAAUGUCCAUCUGUGAGGCUUGCCAGAAGUCCAAACGCAAAAGCACUGUAGCGGUUGGCAACGGCAGCCUGAAGAUCAAAUUUCAGGGAAAUAGCGGAAGGUCAACCAACAGCAAUACCAGCAGCUUCGAGAGUAGCACUGUUAGCAGAAAGGACAACGGCAGCGACUAUGGAAAUGAUGGAGAAGAGGUGGAUAGUGAGAAGAAACAGAGGAAGCAAUCUCCACCACGCAGCUCAACCUCAGAAAGAGAGGAGAGCGCCAUGCAAAAGAUCACUACCACCAUCAAAUCUAUAGAAAGAAUCUUCAUAACCAGUGGCAGCCUUGGAGGAGUGGGUAAGACCAGCAAUUCAGGAAACCCCAGCAGUCCUACCACGGUGAUAAAUGUCAGCAUGAUGAGCAUCCCCGGUGACGGCAGCAAAGGAUAUGGCUCAGACAACGUGAUAGUGGAGGAUAUGAGCAGUGUUAGCUUUACUAGCACUGUGAAAGCCCCUGGGAACCUGGUAAACUACAACUUCCCCACCAAGGUGGAGGAGACAGCUGAGGUAGAAAUUGGGGGUGAAGAAAUGUUGGCAAACAGGCCUCUCACAGACUUGGAGAUUGGCAUGUAUGCUCUUUUGGGCGUCUUUUGCCUCGCUAUCCUGGUGUUCUUGGUAAACUGUAUUUCACACGUUGUUAAGUUCAGACACAAGAAGCCUCCCUCUCAUACCCAUGAGCCAACAGGGCACAGGCAUGACUGGGUAUGGCUCGGCACAGACGCUGAGCUGGUGAUGAGUGUGCCAGGUAGCCCUGUGCAGCAAGACUCCCAGACUACCACCACCGUGAUAGACAUUGGGCCGGAUAAGACCACCUCUCUGUCCAGGAGGCCCAGUUGCUUGGCCUCUGUUACAGACUCUCCCGUUGGAUGUGUGGGCUCCUUCAGGAGCAAACCUAUGCACACCGAGUCACUCCACUCGCCGACCAGCAAGAGAAAGAGAGUCCAGUUCACCACCUUCUCCACAAUGGAACGCCAGCAUUCACCACCCAGGGAGAACGGCUAUGGCAUCCACUGGGUUGGCAAGGAGGACAGUUUUGAGGAGGAACCCCAAGUGCCCAUCACAGAGCCUGGGGACCGGUUAUAAUAUAGAACCUGAUCAGACCUCACAUGUACAGUGGAUGUGGCUUUGAUCACCUCAAUGCCUUUGUAAACUCCAACAACUGUGAAGAACAUGUGAUUUUGGAAUUGCCCUCCUCUACAUUUCAUUACCUAUCAAGGCCUUUUACAUGUACAUGUACUGUAUAAUAUUGUUAAUAUUGGUGAGUGGAUGUGUGGGGAGAUGUUAAAGAUGGCUGACCAGAUGGACUCUACGCAAUAUUGACACAACGUUUAAAGACACCCAAUGUUAAUGCUGCAUGUGGAUAUCUACUUCUCUAAUUUUUGCACUCACAUGCUGGGAUAUAGUGUAGACACACUGACAAAGUAUCUCAAAUUACAAACCCAAUAUAUCCAAUUUCCAGUCAUAAUAUAGAACUCAGUCUGACAGAUAUAGAUUUCACCAAAACUGUGGCUUUGAUCAAACAUAAUACUGGCUGAAAUUGGUGUUUUGUAUUAUGAAAUAUCCAGGACCAUUUUCUUUGUAAAUUUAAUUAAUUAAUUUUCAUAAAAUUUUCU